UACAGCAAUGCAGAUUUGUGAGAACAUCAUUGACAUUGUGAGCGCCUUUGAGAAAGCCCAACGAACUCCUCUUGCGUAAAGUUCUCACCCAAAGUCCUUAUCCGCUGCCUUUCCACAUUUCCCUGAAGAUGUCUGCGGAACCAUCUCACGUGAACUUCCCUGGCAAAACCUCCGCCACACCAGGCGAGGAAUUCGAAGUCCGCCAGACAUCCGCAUCGGAGGACUACCACCCCGAUCCGUCGAAAUCCUUGCCCCUCUCACCGGCCCGUCAGAAACUCAUUGACGAUAUCAUCGCCCUGUAUUCGAUGAAGCCUACCGUUGAGAGAGUAAAGCGGUACACGGCCGACUGCGUGUACGACGACCAGUUCGUCUACGCCAAUGACCGGUACAAGAUGGCUGGCCAAUGGUUCGCGCUGCCAAAGCUCUUUAACGCCAGCGUGAACGAGGGCUACCAGAUUGUCAAGAACGACCGCGACCUCAUCCAGUUCAAGAACGAGCAGAGCUGGACAUUCAAGCUGAUUCCCAAGACCGCGACGAUCAACGCGCUCGUCAGUCUCAGCCUGGACCCAGGGACCGUAGAUAGCGAUUUCAUCCAGGUCAAGUAUCACAAGGAUCAGGCCAACGACAAAGACUACAGCCACGAGGGCGUCGGAUUCUCGUUCAAGAAGUGGCAAGCCGACAACGUUGCCAAACACAUGGAUAGUAAGGAGGUGGAGGCUUUCGUUGCGGACAAGGACGCCAGCAAGAACGACGUGAAGAAGUAUGGUAGUGGGAAAGCCGAAGGUGAUGCGCCAGAAAAGAGUUUCUGAGGGGGUUGAAGUGUAGAGAGUUCUAGACAUCAACUGUUUUGACAUCAAAAUCUUUUGGGAGACAUUUUACAGGCAUUAAGUUUGUUACAUCAGAGUCCUCGAAGGUUG